GUACCAGUGCACAUGUGAAGGAGAGAGAGGAUCUAGACCAAUGACUUCCCGGCGCAGUGCCCCUGUCUCUAUCACUGUCACAGCCCUGCCUUUGGCUACACUGACUGUGGAGCCACAUAGUCAUGUGUUCACUGGAGAGACAGUCACUCUGAAGUGUGUGAUAGCGUCUCACAGUGGCUGGGUGUAUAAGUGGUAUAAAGACAGGGAUAACAAUGUUGUGUUUGAGGGAGACACAUUUACUCUUAAAGAAGUUACUGAAUCACAUAACGGCAAGUACUGGUGCAAGGGAGAGAGAAAAGAAUCACCCACAUCAUCUCAAAUCACCAGUGAAACAACCAUUAAAGUGCAAGCCCGACCCACAGCUAGACUGACCAUAGAGCCCCAGAGUCCUGUGUUAACUGGUGAGACAGUCACUCUGAAGUAUGUGAUAGAGUCUCACAGUGGCUGGGUGUAUACGUGGUAUAAAGACAGGGAUAACAUUGUUGUGUUUGAGGGAAACACAUUUACUCUAAAAGAAGUUACUGAAUCACAUAACGGCAAGUACUGGUGCAAGGGAGAGAGAAAAGAAAGACCCACAUCAUCUCAAAUCAGCAGUGAAACAACUGUUAAAGUUGAAGCAUCAAAGCCCAAACUCACAUUAAGUCCAGGCCACCAGCUCCUCACAGGAGACUCAGUGACUCUGACAUGUGAGUUGGGUGUUUCCUCUGGUUUGGUGUUCUACUGGUACAGAGACACACAGUCCUCUGAUCCUGUGGUCCAGAAUGAUAGAAACUCCUACAGCAUCAUCUCUGUUAAAGUCUCUGAUGGAGGACAGUACUGGUGCAGAGCUGGGAGAGGAGACCCAGUCUAUCACACACAGUACAGUGAUGCAGUUGAGAUAAAGGUUACAGAAAGACCAAAAGCUACUGUUACCUUUAAAUCAAACUGGACAGAGUUCUUCAGUGGAGAAAAGUUCUCUCUCAGAUGUGACAUAAAGAGUGGGGAGAGCAGUGACUGGGGGUACAGCUGGUUUAGGGAUGGAGUCUCUAAGUCUGAAAAGGAACAUGAAAUCAAUCCAUCCCAAAGUGGUAACUAUACUUGUAAAGGACGAAGGAAACGUGAUAAAAAAGAUUCAGAAGAAAGUGCUGCUGUUGGUAUUACAGUUUCUUCAGAGAAAGCCCAGGCAGUUCUGGGUUCCCUUUCACAGAUGUGGCUGACUGAAGGAGACUCAGUGACUCUGAGCUGUGAGGUUAGAGGCUCCACUAUAGGCUGGAGAUUCCACUGGUACAAGACUGCCCCCUAUAGUCCUGAGUUGGUAUAUGUGUUACAUGAGAGCAGGGGAUAUUCUCUACAGCUGGUCUCAGACAGCAUCAGUGGAGCUGGAGGCUCCUACACUCUCAGCCCAGCUGUUCUUAGACACACAGGGGUUUAUGUGUGCAGAGCAGAGAGAGGAGAGCCAGCCUAUCACACAGAGUUCAGCCAACCUCAGCCACUCUGGGUCACAGGUGUGUCUCCUCCAGCUUCUGUGAUCAUCCACUCAAACUGGACCCAGAUCUUUACAUACGAGUCUCUCUCACUGAGCUGUGGGGUUCAGGGCAACUCUACUGGAUGGAGACUGAGGUGGUUCACAGGCAGAGGAGGGGAAUCAAAGUGUCCCAUUGACUGGAGAUCAGAAACAGGAUCCACCUGCAGCAUCAGCUCAGCAUCAUCAUCAGACAGUGGAGUUUACUGGUGUCAGUCUGAGUCUGGAGAGCCGAGUGAUCCUGUCAACAUCACAGUGCACACUGGUGAUGUGAUCCUGGAGAGUCCUGCCCAUCCUGUGACUGAGGGAGAUCCUCUGACCCUGCGCUGUAGAUAUUGCUAUAAGCCAUCAAACAUGAGUGCUGACUUCUAUAAAGAUGGGACACUCGUCCAGACCUCCACCACAGGGGAGAUGACCAUCCCUGCUGUCUCAAAGUCACAUGAAGGAGUCUAUAGGUGCAGGAACCCAGAGAAAGGAGAGUCACCAGAGAGCUGGGUCACAGUUAAAGAGACCCAUUCUACACAUGUGGAUUCUGGUUCCUUCAUCAUUUUAGCUGUCAGAGCGGUGAUGGGAAUCUCCUUGGUCUUGGUCGGAGCCUUUUCAGUCUUCCGGCUACAUCAAUCAAAAUAUCUCUCAGGUCUUUGUUUGACCUCUACAGCAACAGACCACCAGCAGCAGCAGCAGCAGCAGAUGAGCACCAAUCAGAGUUCAGACCAGGACCAGAGUCAGUCUGCAGGAAGAGGGGGGUCUGAGUCAGAGUAUAUGCCUCUGCAGAUGAGAAGCACAGAUGUCUAUGACACCAUCACUCCCCUAUAUAUGCCACUGCAGAGAGGUGCUUCAGAUGUCUAUGAAACAAUUACAUCAUCUAAGGACUCUCAAGAAGAUGAUGAGGAAGGAUAUGAUGAUGUGGUUCCCUCCGACACUAGAGCAGAGGAACAUGUGUAACUGAGGAAAAGAAAGGGAGAGAUGAUAUAACAUCCAUAAAUAUCCUUGUACCUGUUACCAAGGCUUAGGACUUCCCUAACGUCCAAGACAGUCACGGCUGUUUUAUCAUUUCUACUUUUUAGUUUCAUGCCUUUGAGCAUCUAUUUGCAAUACAGCAUUUGUGCUCUUAAUGCGUUUUCUAAAACAGUGCCAUUUCCUCAAAUGUGUAAAUUGUAAAUGUAAACAGCCUCAUACAUCUAUGAAUAUGUUUGGAAAGGACAGAAUGAGGGCAAUGGCCUAAUCAAUCCUUCAUUUUAGUUGUUUUAAGAUUGCGAAAGGCUGAGUUCAACUCUCAUAAGAUAUGCUAGGUGGCAGCCAAUUACCUUCUGUAGUACUGUAAAUAUUUAUAUAUUGCUCAACAUCAUAACACCUUUUUUAUUUGAAUGCAUUUUUAUAAGUUCACUCUAUCUUCUGUAGACUUAUAUAGAUGUAUCAUAUCAGUUAUUUUGGAGACAAUUCAACUCUUUUUCUUUUAGAUGUUGUGUUUUCUAAAGCAAUACAACGUUCUCACAAGUGUGUUGUUUGUAAAAUGCCUUUACUGAUGAAUUGUAAUAAUUCCUCUCUAUGGGACAACACCACAGAUUUGCCAUAUACACAAUUGGUGUGUGUUUCCAAAAAUGAGUAACACAACUUGUUGCAACUUGUAUGUAUUGUGACAAAAUGACAUACAUUUAUGAAUAUCUUUGGAAAAGAACAGAAUAAGGGCACUCGAUCCUUAAUUUGAGUUGUUUAAGACUGUGAAAAACUGAGUUCAAGUCCAAUAGGAUACACUAGGUGGCAGCCUUUAAACUCGUGUGUUACUGUAGUUAAUAUUGCUCAACAUCAUAAAACCUUUUUAUUCUAAUGCAUUUUUCCAAGGUCACUUUAUCUUCUGUAGACUUAAAUAGACAUAUUUCAGGCAUUGUUGAUUGCUUAUUACUCUUUUAACUUGAUACAUUUUAUAAAACCUUAAUUCAUUAAAACAAUUACUUUU